AUGAUUCACGAAAUAAAAAAUGUUCAUCCUGAUGAAGAUCUUGAAAAAAAUGAGAAAUCAGUUAGAACUUCAUGUUGUUGGCAGCCAUUAUGUUUAAGGCUCACACGUUUAACUGGCGGAAUUCUAUUUGGAAUCAUAAUAGUUGUCACCUGUGCAUCAAUAGGUGGUCUUAUUGCUUCAACUCUUUUAUACCUACAAAAUUCAAAUUCAAAUUCACAAUGGGAAAUGUUAGGUAUAGCUGUUUGUUCUGCAAUGUUAAUCACAAUACUCCUAAUAUUAUGUGUACUUGUUUGUUACUUCAAAAAUGAUCGUAAUGCUACUAACAGCAAUACAAAGAGUUUAGCAACACCAGAAUACAAUCAAGAAGACGUUUUCUGGAAGAGCAAAUGUCAUGCCCGAUCAAAUGGCACAUCAUCACUAUCAUAUGAAAUGAUUCAAAAUAUUCCACCUUUAUCAACAAAUAAAGAUGUUAUUCAAGUUGAAGAUAAACAAACAAAUACUGAAAAAACAUUUGCUCCUUUACGACCAAGAAAUUUUCAGCGUGGAGUUUGGCCAGCAAUGAAUGCAUAUGGAGGCUUGUCUUCUCGUCCAUUAGAAAAACCAAAAAUGGUUAAUCGCUAUAUACAAACAUUACCAAAUGAAAUCAAUCAGACAAUGUCACAACGACAAAAUAAUGUGAUCAAUAAUGCACUGAUAAAGAUUAUUCGACUGCCAGAAAAUAAUCUUGAUUAUAAUGAAGAACAAUAUCCAAAUCGUUUCAUUGAACAAAAACCACAAUAUGCCAUGAUCGAAAAAAUUAUUGAAAGACCAAAAGAACGAUCCAGAGAAGAUAAGAUAGGAGUUGCUGAAUUAGCAACAACCAAUGGAGAGCGAAUUCACCACGAAAGAAAGAAAAAAAGAUUUUUUAAUGUUUCUAUUGAACGUGUAAAAGCAAUUGAAAAAUCAAAUGUUGUCUAA